UGCGAUCUGCGACACAUCUGCCGAGCUUUUUGACCGUUGAAAUUAGUAGGUUCCUGACAGCAAGACCCUCAUAAGCUGGAGACCGUACACGAAGCGCCCGCUUGGUCGGGCUAGUUCAAACAGCGCAACAUGUCGCGGCCGUCGUUCACUCCAUUCAAAGUCGUGACCUUGGCUCAAGAUCUCAGUUUGGAUGAAGUAACAACUCCACUGCAGCGUUCCUCAAUAUUCGGGCGAGCUGGUCUGGUGGGACAUGGGGGAGCUGGUGCGAGUAGUCCCUCCACACCGGGUUCACCCAACGCCAACAAAGCCACGAUAGUUUCCUUGGAGCUAUGCGAUUCACAUCUAUAUGUGGGCACUUCAGACGGCCACAUUUUCCAUUAUACAUUGGAACGCGAAAGUGCCGCUGAAGUGGAUGCGCCUCUGAAAAGCCAUCUAAACGUGAAAAAGUUUUUGGGUUUUGGGCGAAGACAUGUGGAUGCCAUCAUAGCCGUACCAACGGAGUCCAAGCUCGUCGUUUUAUGCGAUGCUUCUGCAAACUUCUUCGAAUUGGACACGCUGAGUCAAGUGCCUGCACUGGUGGCUCAACCUGUGAAGGCGAUCACAUGUUUCUGUGCGGAUAGAUAUACACAAUCACCUAUGCCCAUGUCUUUUGCCAAGCGACGGACGCUAGUGUCUGGGCAUCUUGGAGACAUGUUGGAACUCGAAAAGGAAAUCUCGCUUCCGGACGGUGCCAUUAUGAUGGUGCGAUAUGAGUCCCGAAUUUGUGCGGCCGACCAGCACCAAUAUAAACUUAUCAAUAUCGACAACGGGUUAACCAUUCCUCUUUUUCCUUAUGACCGUACCCUCCAAAAACCGCUUGCAAUUGUUGUUAGUAAUGGCGAGUAUCUACUUGCAACAGCCACUCCCCAGGGGCUCGGAUUGGGACUUUUCAUAUCUCCUAAUGGAGAACCAAUACGAGGAACCCUAGAAUGGCCCGCAAUUCCGAAAUCCCUAGCAUUCCACUUCCCAUACGUUGCCGCCCUUCUGCAUAACAACUGUAUUGAAAUUCACAAUAUCUUCAACCAAAAAAGGGUACAGACUAUUACCCUCCCCGCUUCAAGCGAGCCGAAGUUUCUCGUUGAAGCGACGUUCGAAAUGGAGCUACCUAUGGACAAAUCCGCCUCAAAUGGGAGUAUCAGACUGCUGGUCGGUUGCAAAGAAACUGUCUUGGCCCUUCGGAUGGAUUGUCUAGAGCGACAAGUGGAUGACCUGCUUGAAUUGCGAAGUGUGGAAGCUGCCGUGCAAUUAGCGGAGACAAUGAUGCAAGGACAGCAACAUGAAAGUACUGACGCACAGAGACUGAAACUCUCAUCACUCUACCAACGCGCUGGUUUAAUCUACUUCAAAGAUACACUCUUUGAGGAGGCAUUUGAGUUGUUUACAAAGGGAGAAAUAGAAUCUGAACGACUUCUCAAGCUUUUUCCGGAUGUGGCCGGCUCUCCUUCAGGCUCGAUUCCUGAAGUAGAUGAUGCAACUUCAGAAUGGGUAAGCCAACAAGGGACAAUUGAUGAGAUUGUCAGUGCAAGUCUGCAAAGAGAUUAUCCGGAUGCUGAUCCCGAAACGUUAGGGUCGUUCAGAGACGCCUUAGUCGGCAAUGCAAAGGAAAUGCUGGGCAAGUACCUUCGCCACGUCCGGGAGACGGCACGGGAAGGGGAUAAGCAGAAGACCCUCGAUACAGCCUUAUUGAAGCUUUACGUAGAGACAGAUCGCAAGAGAUUGUAUCAACUUUUAUCAUCAGAAAAUUGUUGCGAUGUGCAAGAUGCAGCGAAGGUUUUAGGAGAGAAAGAACGACAUUAUGCUCUUAGUCUACUGUAUGAGCAGAAGGGAAUGGUGGAAGAUGCUUUUGCUCUGUGGCUACGAAUGGCUUCGAAUGAAGUGACAGACGAAGACUUUCCGGGGUUGCCGCUUCUCGUCAACCAUUUGACGAAAUCAUCUAAUAAGGAGCUGAUCUUGAAAUAUUCGAAGCGUGUCCUUGAGCUGGAUCCGCAAUUAGCAGCACAGAUUUUCACCACCCGCACAGACGAGCUCUUUUCAGCCGAAGAGAUAUUAGAGCAACUGAGAUCCGACAAUGCGGAAGCGUACCGUAAUGUGCUAGAGUUCAUGAUCACGAAUCGUGGAGAUACAGAUGAGCAACGCCAUACCUCGCUUGCGAUGACAUAUAUAGAGCAAGUUGAGGCAUGCGCGAUGAAUGACAGUUUGGAGGAACUGGAAAACGAAUACCGUGCGCAUGAUCCUCGUCCGUCGUUCAACGCUUUCUUGGAACGGCGUACCGAUAAUCUGAGCAGGACAUACAGCAAGCUAUUAACCUUUCUUACAUCAUCCCGCUAUUAUUCGCCAUCUGCCGUGGCCACUAAACUAAACACAUACCCCGGUCUACACGCCGCAAAUGCCACUGUUCUCGCACAGACGAACAAGCACGAAGAAGCUCUUCGUAUUCUAGUGCUCAACCUUAACGACCAUGCUACCGCGGAACAGUAUUGCCUUACAAAGUCUGCAGAGACAACAACGAGCGUCGAUUCCCGACAAGCCCCUCAGCAGCUGGCGGGAGCUGCCACAACUACCAAAAAGGACGAUUCCUUACGACGACAUCUUUUGUUUACCUUACUACAAUUAUAUUUAGAAUCUGGUGAAAGAGGAGGCAUGAUAAAAUAUGCGGUGCAACUGCUCAACAGGCACUCCCUAGAUUUUGAUGUUAUCAAAGUGUUGGAUAUAAUACCUAAUCACUGGUCUCUUGAUAUGCUGAGCGGGUUUUUGACCUCCUCCAUGCGAAGAAGUUUGCACAGUCAUCGGGAAUCGCAUAUUGUACGAGCUUUGUCAAGAGGGGACCAUUUCAAGGUCCACACUAAGCUAAUUGAGGCUUCACAACUCCUUCCGCCUGUAUAUAUCCCUGUGGAUGGGGUCCGAUGUGUUGUUUGUGGCAAGGUGGUGAGCGACCCGACGGUCUUUGCACGACUACCCGCGGGGGGCAUUGUGCAUCUGCAUUGCAAUGGUACACUGUAACAAAUGGUUCAUUGAUAUUUGUAAGAGCAUGAUACUGCCAGUUUGCGGCCACCGGCGACGAGAGCAAUACUAUGCAUCAGUCUAUAGGU